CGAAGAGAAUCUAUUCCCUCUUUUUUUUUCUGAUGGAAAAUGAGCCUUUUCUCGGCUCCCAAACGGGGCCCCAACACCAACUCCAACCCAUAAUUGAGGACCAUGAUUUCUCAUUCAAAAUCGCUCCGUCUCCCAGCGACCCAACUUUGCUCAUCUUCCAAGAGCCCCAGCAGCAUCAUGUACAGCAAGACCCACAGUCCUCCUCCUCCACCUCAACAACCCAAUUCGGAGCCCCGAGUGCCCGCACCAAGAAACCGGGUACUCUCCACCGUUGCAAGACAGCCCCGGCCAUGGCCGUAAUGCGAGACCUCAAGCCAAAGACGACCCAAAUCCCCAAACCACAGUCCGAGUCCAGCUCCAUCAUCAGGCAAGCCGUCUUCUUGCUCCUCAUAUAUCUUUCUCUCGGUGUUGUAAUUUACUCUUUCAACAGGGACAAGUUUUCCGGCAUAGAAACCCACCCGGUUGUCGACGCCCUCUACUUCUGUAUAGUCACCAUGUGCACCAUUGGGUACGGUGACAUUGCACCCACCACACCAUUCACAAAGAUUUUUGCUUGUGUGUUUGUGCUUUUUGGGUUUGGUUUUAUUGACAUCUUGCUAAGUGGGGUUGUCAAUUUUGUGCUGGACUUGCAAGAAAAUAUGAUCUUGACCGGAAUUCAAAUGGGCCAGGCUCAGGCUCAGGCUCAGGCUCACUCUCAUCGCUUUUCCGCUAGGGACUAUAUUGUUGAUGUGGCAAAGGGCAGGAUGAGAAUCAGGCUCAAGGUUGGUCUGGCGCUUGGAGUGGUGGUGUUGUCCAUUGGCAUGGGAGCUUUGGUUCUCUGUUUUGUGGAGAAUUUGAAUUGGAUUGAUUCUAUUUACUUGUCAGUUAUGUCGGUUACGACGGUUGGGUACGGGGACAGGGCCUUCAAGACUAUUCAAGGGAGGCUCUUCGCUGCGGUGUGGCUUCUGUUUUCGACACUGGCGGUGGCUCGGGCGUUCAUGUAUUUGGCAGAGGCCAGAGUGGACAAAAGACAUAGGAGGAUUAUCAAGUGGGUUUUGGAUCGGGAUAUCACUGUCCAGGAUCUGCUUGCUGCCAACAUCAAUAACCAUGGUUUCAUCAGUAAAUCAGAGUAUGUUAUUCACAAGCUUAAAGAGAUGGGAAAGAUAGGGGAGAAAGAUAUAUUACAAAUCUGCAAUCAGUUCAGUAAGCUUGAUCAGAACCACUCCGGGAAGAUAACACUGCCUGAUCUCUUGGAGAAUCGCUUGUAAACUGCACAAACUUAAAACUGGUUUCUGCUCUUUUCAGAGGGGAAGAAACAUCACUGAUUUUCUCAUUCUGGUGAAAGCAUGGGAUGGAAGUAUUGAAGAGGAAGCUGGGCCUGCGUCUUGCAUAUUCCUGGCAGAAUAUUCUUUGAAGAUUAAUGCAUUGCAAUUUGCAUGUAAAUUGUAAUCAUGCCUUAUAAAAGAUGAAUUGUAUAGACAAUUUGACCAUAGUAAGAAGUUCAUCUUCUUUUUUUUGCC